CAAGUCGACACCUAAUCAUGCUGGCCUUAAUUCUGGCCUGUCUGUCUGUUUUGGGACGAAUGUAUUGUUUUAACAUUCCAACGCAAAGUAGAGCUUCGCCACAUUUCUUACUCGGAACUGCUUUGGGCCACGUUUCCCAUCCUGAUCAGACUUCCGGUUUAUGCGCCAGCAGAGUACAUCCAAACAUUCUAUAUGCUCACAAUGAUAAGGGGGAUGGACCUAAACUGUACGCCAUCAGUGCUCUCACUGGGGAACAAAAGAAGACUAUUCACAUAUAUGGUGCUCAUAACCAUGAUUGGGAAGACAUCGCGUGUGGGCCGUGCGACGGAAGUGGGGGGCACUGCAUAUAUAUAGGAGAUAUUGGUGAUCACUCUGGAGACGGUGCUCGGAAUAUUAUUUACAAAAUCCGGGAGCCAGCUGUCAUGGAUUUGAUGGGUGGAGACAUAACUGUCGAUGUUGAGGCACAACUUCGUUUCAUAUGGAACCCUCCCCAGCAGGACAGUGAGACGCUUAUGGUAGACCCCCAGGGUAACGUUUAUGUAAUAUCCAAGGUAGCCAAUGGCAAAGGUCAAGUCGGGAUGAUUGACAGCUCCGCCUGGGAAAACUCCACUAUAGCUGUUGUAGCUAACCUCACUACCCUGCCUCUUUCGACUGGAAAUGAAGAUCCAUCGGGUGGAGAUAUUUCCCUUGACGGUAAUGAGAUUUUAAUACAAACUCAUCACCAGGUAUUCUAUUGGCAGAGAACUCCUGGAAGUAGUGUGAGAGACACGCUCAUGCAAAAUCCUAUUAGUGUUCCUUUCCACUAUAACAAACACGUGGAUUCAGUUGCCUGGGACGCACAGGGAAGGGGGUAUUACACCCUCUCCGAGGAAGAGCACGAUAAGCUAUAUUACUACGCUAGACAGUAAUUAAUAUUGUUAUCAUUGAUAUAAUAAAAUACUUUAAAAAAACCCACACAAACGAAAUGAAAUAAACUUUAUGUAAGAACCAAAA